UCGCCGUCGUCGUUGUCAUCAGCAUUCCGUCGCUGCCGUCACCGUUGACGAGUACUGCUGCCUGCGGUCGACUCUCCUCCGGAGGGCCCACAGCCAACGCAUCGAAAUGGCCAGCACGUCCAGUCCGAUAUCAGACUUUUUCCGGGGCCGUCACGUACUCAUCACAGGCGCUACAGGGUUUAUGGGCAAGGUGUUGGUGGAGAAACUGCUGCACUCAUGUCCAAACAUCGCGUGCAUAUACCUACUGAUCAGGCCCAAACAGGGUCACGAUGUCAAGUCCAGACUAGAUCAACUACUGAACGCUACGAUAUUUGAUUGGGUUAGGAAAUAUCAACCAGAGUCUUUAAAAAAAUUAGUACCGAUACAAGGAGAUGUCACUCAGAGCGAACUGGGAAUCAGUGCACUGGAUCAAAAAACAUUAAUUGAUAACGUAUCCAUUGUUUUUCAUUCGGCAGCCACUGUUAAGUUCGAUGAAGCACUUAAACUUUCAGUUGCCAUGAAUUUGCUUGGUACCAAGCGAUUAGUUCAGCUGAGCUAUCAUAUGACUAAAUUAGAGGCAUUCGUACACGUUUCCACUGCCUACUGCAAUUGUAAUCGACAAGAUGUCGAAGAACAUUUAUACCCAAUCCCUGCGGACCCAGAAAAAAUUAUUCAAUGCGUCGACAGUCUAGAUGAAAAUUUACUGGAAUCUAUUACACCACAACUUAUAAAAGGAUGGCCAAACACAUAUACGUUUACAAAAGCGUUAGCAGAAAAAAUGUUGCUACAGCAAGGAGACGGUUUGCCCAUAGUUAUAGUCAGACCUUCAAUAGUUACAGCAUCGUGGAGAGAACCAAUAUUAGGCUGGGUAGACAAUUUAAAUGGACCGACGGGUCUGUUGGCCGGCGCAGGCAAAGGGGUUCUAAGGACACUGCUGUGUCACAAGAACUUGAUCGCUGACCUGGUCCCAGUAGAUAUUUGUAUCAACCUAUUAAUAUCGGCUGCAUGGUACACGGCCAUCAAUAGGCCAACGGGUAUAAACAUCUACCACUGCACAUCAGGCACGACGAACCCGAUCUACUGGAAAGAUAUCGAACGGUUGGGCCACGAGUUCAUAUUGGAGAACCCAUUCAGUGACAUAUUGUGGUAUCCCGGUGGCAGCUUCAAAAGUAAUCGUCUCGUCAACUAUUUGUGCAUGACUGCCUUUCAAAUGGUACCCGCCUAUUUCAUCGACACGCUUGUCAAAAUUUCCGGCAGACAACCCAGAUUAGUUCGGAUCCACAAACGUCUGCAGAAAGCGGUGUCGUGUCUGGAGUUCUUCACCACGCACGAAUGGAACUUCAAGAACACGAACGUGCAAAAACUGUUCACCGAGCUCGACCCUAACGACCAGAAGACGUUUUACUUCGACGUGUCGCAAUUGGAGUGGCGUAGCUACAUCGAGUCGUACAUCUGGGGCACCAGGCAAUUCGUGCUCAAAGACGACCCGAGCACUGUGCCCAGUGCCAAAAAACGAUUGAAAAAAAUGUAUUACUUGCACCGAUCCAGCCAAAUGAUCUGUGUCGCGCUGGCAGUUAGGUACAUACUAUUAGGUAACAAAUCGAUGCGGCGGUUUUGGUACUCGGCCUUGUGUUUCCUAAUCAAACUCAUCGGAAACACUGCUUCCUCUUUACGACUAUUAUAAACCGUAAACGAAAGCUAGGUACUUAACAUACACUUAUUACAUACGUAUAAUACUGUGGCCAUCGCGACGGCCAUAUAAUUUUAUACACUAUACAUUACUUAUAAUAUUUUAACGAUGUAGAUACAUUUUAGACGAUCGCGUUGCUCGACGAACUUAAUACAAUCAAUUUUAUAGGUAAUUAUUCUAUUGUAUAUUGACCGGCCCAGUCUUUCGACUUAUGCCAUUCGUUGGCCUUUCCCAUGCCGAUACAGUUCUCUCAUGCGUAAACUUUUGUUUUAUUACGUUCUUAAAACAAUUACUUGUGUUUUCGACGUAUACGUCUACGAGUAGGCAAAAUACUCCACUAUUUGCCAGGUAUCUGUAAAUCUUUUUGUUUAUUUUUUUCACUUAAACCAUACUUACCGCCGCCGGUCGAAAACAAUUUUACAUACAAGAAUUAAUUUUUAUUCAUAUUACACACAUAGGUGUGUUGAUAAAUAUUGUUAACUCAAUCGUAUCGAUGUGCGUCUACGUAUUACACACAUAGAUUUCGUUUAGGAAUAAAUAUGAACAUCAUGUGAUAGAUUAUCGUUACGGUCAAUAAAUUAUUCAAACGAUUCGUUUUGAACGGCCAAAUAGCUUAAAGUUAAAACUACGUAUAAUUUAUAUUAUUAUAGUUAUUUGUCCAUAAAUUUUAUAUUAUUUAUUAGAUAAACUAGUUAUAUUAGAAUACGUGGUACAUAAUAAAAUUUUGUAUUCGUGCUUGAAAUCGUAUUGCGAUAUUAAUUUUUAAUCAAUUGUUUGUAUACUUUGUUAACUAUAUAUUUGAUUCCAUUGUUAGACAAUAAUUUUAAUUUUAUACGAAGACCAUAUUAUAUUAUAUAGUUAUUGUGUUAUUUAGGGAUAAUUAAUAUUGAUGACAAUGUAUAAACGAGUUACAUUUACUUAAAUAGAUAUCAAAAAAUAUUUUACUUUUUCCAUAACACUUAUGCUUACCUCGCACAUAAGCAUUUGAAGGUGUAAUAAUAAAAUCAUUGAAAUACAUCCAUAAAGAAAAUCCACCAAACACACACACACAUUAGAUACAUAAAUAUUUUAUAACAUUUUUUUACGUUGUUAAUAUUCAUGGACGAAUAAAAUAAAAUAAAAGCAAAAAUAGGUAAUACUGUUUUAUACUGCCAUUUGAAGUAAAAUUAAAUGUUGGUUAUAAAAUUGAUACACUAAUAAUAAAGUUUUUUUAAAUGGUUAAUACCUAAAAUCUUAAAUAAUGGGAAAAUAGCAUGUAAAUUACUGGAAUACAACUGAUAGAUAUUACUAUCUAAUACAUAUAAACCAUUAACUUUCUAACUGACAAAUUGAUCAAAUUAAACAUUCAUAUGAGGCCUCGAUCAAAAAUGAAUACACAAAAUCUGUACAUUAUAAAGUUAAAAAUAAAAAAAUGUUGUAAAAUGUUUUCAUACUUUUUCAUUUAUGGUAAUAUAAUUUAUUUUUUCUACGACAAAUAUUAUCAUUUUGUUUCUUAGACUAAAGUUGUCUAGGUACCUACACACACACACACACACACACACACACACACACACACACACUUUCUCACACAUAUAAUACAUACACUAGAUACUUCUGUUCCUUUGGCUAUAAUUUUUAUUAUGGUUUUAUAGUAACAUUCAAUUAUUAAAAAUAAAUAAUAUAAUUAACAAUUGCAUAAGUGUCAAAAUGUCGAAAGUACACCUACAUAAGAAUUCGUAGCAUUAAUAUUUUAUACGGAUUUCUUUUUAAUGCGAUACAAUCAUUACUUAUACUUAUUAAUAUUAUAUAUAUAUAAUUGUUCAAUUUUUUAUCCUUUUUUUGUUUUGCACGCGAUUAUUUUAGAUUUAUGUACGUAUACAUUGUUAUACUUUUUCCAAUGCAUUAAUAUUAUAUGAUAUUAAAUAUUAUAAAUUUUAUAAUGAUAAAUAUUAUGACAUAUACCUAAAUCAUACAUAUACAUGUAAAUACAAUGGCGUAUUAACAAUUGAAAUGUUUAAGUUUAAAAAAUACGGUUCGACCGACUAUAUAAAUUAAAUUUUUAUGUUUCAUUAAAACGUGCAUUUUUCGUAGAAAAUGGAUCUGUAAGAACUUUUUUUAUUUUACGACUAAAAUUUAUUUAAUUGAACAUUCGAUUUUUUAGGCAAUACUGACGUUCAUCAAUUUAGGUUUUAAUAGCCUCCUCAAAAAAAAAAAAAAAAACUGAAAAUAU